GAGAGCUUUCCUGGGAGUCCAAGGUUCUAUAUUAACCACACAGGAUUGCAGGUAUGCAAAUAGGAUACAGAGCUGGACAUUGUGCACCUUGCCUUGCUUGGGAAAGCAUCGGUUUUAGAUCGUCAGUAAAGAGCCCUGUUGUUUAUUUAUUGCUUUUUCAUUUUUUGUAUACAAUGCCGAAGGCUUCUGUUGCGUUGCUCUGCCUUCUCUUUGCUGUUGGAGCAGCUGUGGCACAACAUGGCAAGACUAGCCCCCAGAGGGUGCUGCAGCCCUGGCUGACAGGGAUCAUUGCGGUAGUCGUCUUCCUCUUCCUUGUCUUCAUCGCCUUCCUCGUCAACAAAGUUUGGUGUGAGGAACGCAGUGAGGAGGCUGAUCCACAGCAUGUGAAAGUACACGAAUAUGUGAUGACCAACGGCUCCAACUCUGAACACGUCUUGGAUGCAGUCAGGUCCAACGAGCAUGAGGGUGCCUAUGAAAAUGUAGGAAUGAGCCAGGAGUGCAAAGUAACCACAACAGCCAUGUAGGAACUUCUCAGCUCUUAAGUGCCUUUUAAAAUACUCAUUCUUUAGAGCGCGGUGGAGACAGCAUGAGGUACAGCGCUUGUGUCCUCUGCAGUGCAAUGAAAAGAUUGUGUGUAUUCUUUUUGGAUAUCUGUAUGGUUUGAUAGCCUUUAUACUCUAACAUCCUGACCAUACAUGUUCUAUUGGAACAUAUGACAUGUAUAAUAGAUGCUCUACACUGAGAAUAUAACGUGAUCUGCUGUUUAUCAUCUGUUCUCUCCUCUUUCCCUCAAUGCCUUAUCAAAAUUACUGUCAUAAAGUAUUCAAAAUGAUCUGGGCUAUUGCCUUCAUCAGUGUUAAUUUUAUAUAAAGGUAAUAAGAAAGGAAUCGAUUUGAUCAACCUAUACUCAGGAUAAGCCACAGCUGAAUUGUAUUUGAGCAUUUUACAGCACAGGUGGAUCAACUUGGAUUGCAUCACCCAUCUAACCCUGGUUAUGCUAGGAAUAACCUUUAAAAACAGGCUGUUAUUAGGAUUCACUAGUACAAUUGAAAUGCCCAGGGUUGGGUUAAUCCAGCAGGGUUUAAGUUUAAAUCAACCCCUAAGUGAAAUAUUCAAAUCCAUGAAGCACUGCAGUUAAAAAUGAACCAUGAUGUUUAAUAAAUAAUGAAUGGCUGUCUUUCACAGUACUUUGACCCUUGUGGUU